CUAUAAUGAACAACUAAAAGGUCAAUAUAUGGUUAGACUGUGAUGUUGGAAAUGAUGAUGCCAUGGCAGUCAUUUUAUCACUGUUUCAUCCAAAAUCUAAUCUACUUGGAAUUUCCACUUGUUUUGGAAACACUAGGUAUGAGUUUGUAUUGAAAAUAGUCUUGAAAACUGCACAAAUAAUACAAUUCGAUUGCUUAGUUCAGUAGGAAGAACUGAUGUACCUGUGUAUAAAGGAGCAGAAUUUUCUUUAAAAUCUACGAGAGCUACAACUAAAAUGCAUGGGACUUAAGGUAAAUUUGAAUAACAAAUAAAUGCUAGGGUUGUAUGCUGCUAAUAAAUUGAUUUCUACUUUUAAGCCCAUAGAAGACAUGGAUUUAUACGAUUUGAUUAAGUAGACUGCAGGGGAUCAAGAAGUAUUAAAAUUCAAUAAAUUAGUUUGUCAUAGUCAUAACAGGUCCAUAGACUAAUAUUGCUAAGUUACUCAGGGAUCACGAGGACAUUAUUCCUUAGAUUUAAGAGAUAGUAUUUAUGGGCGGUACAUCAGGAUUUGGGAAUGUGACACCAAGUUCAGAAUACAACAUCUAUUCAGACCCUGAGGCUGCUCAAUUUGUCAUUGAUACAUGCAAAUAGCAUUCAUUGAAAUUGGUUAUGAUUUCAUUGGAUUUAACUUACGUACUAUACAUUAAUUUAUAAAAAUAUUAGACUUGUUAGUUAUUAGAACCCCUUUAAUAAAGAAUUAAAAGCAUAAACACCAAAUUUUCUGAUUGGUGUUUGGAAAUGCUCUAGGAAUAUUAGGCAGCAUACAAGGCCUAGGAAUUCGAUUAUCCUCCAAUUCAUGAUCGUAAUAUUUGAUCCUAAGUUUAGCUGUUGCUGUGUUUUAUGCAUUACAUCCAGAAAUGUAUGUAAUAAAGCCUGUGUAUUGUGCAGUCGAUUGCGAAUCUAAAUUGUGCUAUGGGAGAACUGUUAUUGAUAAAUAAGGAAUUCUUGGAUAAGAGCCCACUUUACAGUUCGCAAGAAAGGUAGUUGUUGAUUAAUUUUGGAACUAAAUGAUUGAAGCAAUUCAAGUUGCAGCAAAGAAUUCAAAAAUUGAAUGAUUUGUGAGG